UCUUCCUCUCCUUCCCGUCCCACUCCACGUAGGGAGGUUGAGGCAGUCCUACGAGCGACGUGGAACCGUGGAAUAAACAGACGGUUUCGCAAGCGGGUGGCGACAGGGGGCUAGAGUGUAGCCCUCGGCGUCUCUGAGCAUCUGCAGAGUGCCCUUUCACAGUCGGUACUCUGGCCUCAUAAUGGCUGCUUCAGAGGAGCUCAAUUUUCGUGAAUUUAAUGAAGCCAUGGAUUUGCUGGCUGGGAAUACUGAUGCUACUACUUCUAGCAUUAGUGAGAGGCAAAGCCACACAACUCUAAACAUGCCUUCCAGCUGUAAUGAGGAAUAUGAGCCAGAUGAAGAGGACGACAAAACUGAGCUCUUGAUCUUCCAGAAGAAGCAAUCCAGUUUCUGGACGUUUGAAUAUUACCAAGCCUUCUUCAAUGUUGACACAUACCAGGUGCUGGACAGAAUAAAAGGCUCCGUACUUCCACUACCAGGGAAAAACUUUGUAUGGCAUCACUUGCAGAAUAAUCCUGACCUCUAUGGACCUUUCUGGAUCUGUGCCACAUUGGUAUUCACAUUAGCCAUCAGCGGUAAUUUAUCUAACUUCCUGGAGAAAAGAGGGAGCUCCUCCUUCCACUACAGCCCUCAAUUCCACAAAGUGACAAUUGCAAGCAUAGUUAUCUACUGCUAUGCCUGGCUGGUACCCUUAGGUCUGUGGGGCUAUCUACAGUGGCGAAAGGGAGCCCAUGUCACCACUGAUGUGUAUUCUUUUCUGGAAAUGGUGUGCAUUUAUGGCUACUCACUGUUUGUGUACAUUCCUACUGCGGUUCUGUGGUUAAUCCCGAUCCCAUGGCUGCAGUGGCUCCUGAUCAUACUUGCGAUAGGGUUGUCAGGCUCAGUUCUGGUCCUUACCUUUUGGCCAGUUAUCCAUUCAGAUAGCAAGCCAGCUGCUUGUGCUGUAAUGGCCAUUAUUGUUUCUCUUCAUAUUCUCCUAGCUAUUGGAUGCAAGCUCUAUUUCUUUCAGAAACCAAGCAUCACAUCUCCUACUCCUGUUGCUUAUACAACCACAACUCACAGAAGCAUACACCCUCAUUUACUGCAGCAGAAGGAAAAGGAAUCUGAUAAUACCCUGCAUUAGACUUUGAAAAAUAUGCAGAGUUUAUGCUGUUUCUCUAUACUUUUUGGUGAUGUUUUCAAGCCUCUGUUGCAGGAAAUAUUUUUUCUCAUUUUAAAGGAGCCCAGUGUCUUUUUACAGCAUAAAGCCUAAAUCACUACAAAAAAUUAAGUCUGUACUGUUUGUUAAGAGGCCAUGAUGGACCACAAUAAAAGUGUGUUCUAUCCUUUGAUCCCUGAAAUCUCCUCUCCAAAUAAAACUAGUGGAAGAGAUUGAGUUCAGAUUUUCUCUCUUCUCCAUUUCAAAGGUGCUUUUUCAAAAGGCAACUGGAUUUUGUUUUUCCUUGAAGACAUUUCGCUUCUCAUCAAAAAAACUUCUUUGGUCAGAGUGCUGAUUUAUCACCAGUACUUAGAAGGCAAGGGCUGAGCAACAUAAACAAAUGACAGCUAAUAUCUUAAAAGCCAGCCAUAAACAUAUCCCAAUCAACAUCAAAAAAAGCCACAUACAACAGGCACUAUAAAUAUCACAUACAGAACACUCUGCUAGAGAGAAGAUGGGCUCCAGCGUGAGUCUGAAAGCUUGGAAGAUAAAACUUCUGGUCCUGAUGACUGACCCAGAUUGGAUUUUGCAACAUUAUCCUGGGACAUGUAUAUUUGCCUUCAAAAAAAUUUAUUAUCACUCCAGAAUUGCAGCAGAAGCUUCAUCAUUCUGAUUUCCCACUGAAGAUGCCAAUAACACCAAAGCAAAUCAGUUACCAAAAGAUGGUUCUUCUUCCUUCUUGCUGAUCAGUAUUAGUGAAGAGAUAUUAUUUUCCUUUAUUUUGUUUGCCUUUUCUGAUGCUUUUCCAUUUUUGAAGCAAGAUGAUUUCAGCCUAAAUUCUAGUCACUGCCUGAUCCAGUUUCACAGCACCUAAACAAAGAAGUCUCUUCUUGUGAGACUGAUGGCCAUAUAGAUUUGAUGGAUAAAUAAAUAAAUAAAAUAAACCAACACAAAAAUACCCUUUCA